UGUAAUACUACGAUAGCUGCAUUCAAAACUCGCGAGACAUUGAGUCUGCGGUUUAAUAUUGACAAUACACACAAGCUUGAACAGAUCUGUCUCAACCAGGGCGCAGGGUUCACGGGAACGACGCCUUUUGGAGGGAGACACUGCAGCUGUUUACGCUCGUCAAACGAAACUAGAAAUGUGUUAGCGUCGAGAACGAGUUUGAAAGACACGAUGUAUUUACUGAAUAGGAAACCCAAAAACAAUAAGAGAGAUGAUGAUAUCCAACACACGGAACCUGCAGCAUCUAGAGAUAGCCUUAAAAAGGAACAGGCAGGAAAUCUUUGGUUCAGCUUUUCAAUCGCUGGCCACAUCGUAUCAGCAUAGAAACUGGACUCAAGAGGACACAGGGGUGAUGUCAUACUGAGUAUAAGAGCUAUGGACAAGCUCUUGGCUGCUUGGUCAGGACCUGAUAAUUAGCAACACAAGGCAUAUAUUUGAAAAGACUUUUAAAAAGCAGUUAUGGCCUACCAGCCGAACGUGAUCAACACCCAGCCUCAGGUCACAGUGACGCAGUACACUGUAUCUUCUAACACCUCGGACUGGAACUCCAAUGUGUGCGACUGCUGUGAUGACUGCGGCAUUUGUUUGUGUGCCACCUUCAUCCCGUGCAUUCUGGGCUGUAAGGUUGCCCAGGACAAUGGGGAUAGCUGCUGCAUCCCAUUCCUCCCAGGUGCCAUGAUCGCUCUGAGGACAAGCAUUCGCAGCAGAUAUCACAUUAGCGGCUCGGUGUGUGACGACUGGGUGGUCAUGUCAUGUUGCCCGCUUUGUGGAUUAUGUCAGAUGGCGCGAGAGCAGAAGAUAAGAGGGCACUAAAAUAUAGGUUUGAUGCCCGUGGAAAUCACCAUAAAAAUGAACCAUAAUGAACAUGUGAGGAAAUUAUCAAAAAAUAGAGAGUAGGCCAAUUAUAAAUUAUAUACUGAGAAAUAAGUUUCAGUCCAGAUAAACAGCACCACCCAGUGCAUGACAAAGAACAAAAGAGACAUUUACAUUUUUUUUAUUUUGAAAUAUGCACAUUAUUUAUUUGAAAAUGUAAAUACUGCAGCUCAUCCGCUUAAAGAAAU